GUUGAAACUUUAAUGGAAAUACUGAGUGCAAUUUUAUGUUGUUGACAUGACCCAGGUGGGAGGUGCAGCCCCGAGUCAGUCUUAGUACAGUGGUUCAAUAUUAACCAGGUGUUUCAAUGUAACAGAAAGUGGGGGGUUUCAAUGAGUACUGGAUUUUGAGUGGGUGAGAAGGUUUGGUGAUGUCCUAGGUUUUACAAGGAGUUCUGUCUUAACCAUCCGCAACAAUGGGUCGAAUACCCGCAACUCUCAUUUUCAUUAUACUAUUUUCUUCUACUCUUCAGAUCACCCUUUGUGAAAAUGUAUUUCUUAACAGCAAGGAGGCCUCACAGGUUUUUAUCCGUGCUAAACGGGCAAAUUCCUUCCUUGAGGAGUUGAAACCUGGGAACUUGGAACGGGAGUGCAUCGAGGAGAUCUGUGACCAUGAAGAAGCCCGUGAAGUCUUUGAAAAGCCUGACAAGACGAAGGCCUUUUGGGGCAGCUAUUUGGCUUGCAAAGGCACUUCACUGCUGAGAGUCAAGGACAAUAUAAAAACCUUGAGAGGGUGUAUUGAUGCCAGUGGAGAAUGCUCAGUGGGCAAUGGUGUGAACUACAACGGUACCAUCUCCACUACUUCCUCAGGAAAAACAUGCCAGUACUGGUCCAGUAACUUCCCACACAGAAUUACGGAGUUCAAUACUUCGCUGGAUGACACCCUGUAUGAGAACUAUUGCAGGAACCCAGACAAAACUCCCGAAGGACCUUGGUGCUUCACCAGGGAUCCCACAGUCAGGAGAGAGCAAUGCAUAGUCCCAAAAUGUGGUGAGCCUUGGGUACCCCCAAAAGUAUCUGCUACAGUGGAUGGGAAAGCCAAGUACACCAAGAAGGACUGCCUGGCCAACAAUGGCUUGGAUUAUACAGGUGAUCUCUCAGUUACCAUGAAUGGCAAAAAGUGUCUACCUUGGGCCUCCCCAAAGGCAUUGGCACUCAGCAAAGGAAAGAAUUUCAUCCCAGAGGUCAAACUUGUGACGAACCACUGUAGAAACCCUGAUGGAGAUAUGGAGGGACCCUGGUGCUAUGUGGACCAGCAUGGAAAUACCACUGUGGACUACUGUGACCUUGAGAUGUGUGAUGACCCAAUAGAUAACUAUGAGGAGGCGGCCGGUGGAAGGGAAAGGACAACACUCUCUGGGCCCAGACAAUCCUUCUUCAGCCCUCGGAGCUUUGGCAGUGGAGAGUUGGUGUGCGGAGAGCGACCCAUGUUUGAGAAGAUAAGUAAGAAGGACGGUAGAGAGCAAGAACUGAUUGACUCCUACCAAGGAGGCCGUAUUGUUAAAGGGAUUGACGCAGAAGUGGCCAGUGCACCAUGGCAGGUGAUGUUGUACAAGAAAAGCCCACAGGAGCUGCUGUGUGGGGCCAGUCUAAUCAGUGACGAGUGGAUCCUCACUGCAGCCCAUUGCAUCCUCUACCCGCCAUGGAACAAAAACUUCACCAUCAAUGACAUCCUGGUCCGCCUUGGCAAACAUAACAGAGCUAAGUUUGAGAAGGGCACAGAGAAGAUUGUGGCCAUUGAUGAGAUAAUUGUCCACCCCAAGUACAACUGGAAGGAGAACCUGAACCGGGACAUUGCUCUGCUGCACAUGAGGAGGCCCAUUGCUUUCACCGAUGAGAUUCAUCCCGUCUGUCUACCAACCAAGCAGGUUGCUAAGACACUGAUGUUUGCUGGCUAUAAAGGCCGUGUGACAGGCUGGGGGAACCUUUAUGAGACAUGGAGUUCCUCCCCCAAGUCUCUACCCACAGUUCUCCAGCAGAUCCAUCUACCCAUCGUUGAACAGGAUAUCUGCAGGGACUCUACCUCUAUCCGCAUCACUGACAACAUGUUCUGUGCUGGCUUCAAACCAGAGGAACAGAAAACUGGUGACGCUUGUGAAGGGGACAGCGGUGGUCCCUUUGUCAUGAAGAGCCCAGAUGACAACCGUUGGUACCAGAUCGGCAUUGUGUCCUGGGGAGAAGGAUGUGACAGGGAUGGGAAAUAUGGAUUCUACACCCAUCUUUUCCGUAUGAGAAGGUGGAUGAAGAAAGUUAUUGACAAAACAGGCGGUGAUGACGACGAUUGAUUGUUAUUUCUUCUCAUUUUCUCUACAUGCAAAGGAAACUGAUGUAACGUUGGAAAUAAACAUGCGUUCCUGAUCAUGA